CCUAGAGUUUCUUUCUUCACUACAAGAAUACAAAAUUCUAACUAAUACCAAAAGUAAUUUAGCAAUGUCCCGAGGCAAUAAUAUUGUGAAGCAUGAAGAAGAAGAGAUCGUUCGCCCCGUCGCCAACUUCUCUCCUAGUCUAUGGGCUGAUCAGUUCCAUUCAUUCUCCUUUGACAAUCAAGUUGCAGAAAAAUAUGCUCAAGAGAUUGAAGUAUUGAAGGAACAAACAAGGAGCAUGUUAUUAGCUACUGGACAGAAAUUGGAUGAGACAAUGAAUUUGAUAGAUGUUAUUGAACGCCUUGGCAUUGGCUACCAUUUUGAGAAAGAGAUUGAUGAGAUUUUAGAGCAUAUUUACAAUGAAAAUACAAAUUUUGAGGGUGAUGAUUAUAAUGAUUUAUGUACUUCUGCACUUCAAUUUCGAUUGUUUAGGCAACAUGGUUACAACAUUUCUCCUGAAAUUUUCAGCAAAUUCCAAGAUGAAAAUGGCAAAUUCAAGGAGUCUCUUGCUAGUGAUGUCUUAGGAUUAUUGAGCUUGUAUGAAGCUUCAUAUGUAAGGACUCAUGCUGACGAUAUCUUAAAAGACGCACUUGCUUUCUCCACUAUCCAUCUUGAAUCUGUAGCUCCACAUUUUAAAUCUCCACUUAGGGAGCAAGUGACACAUGCCCUUGAGCAAUGUUUGCACAAGGGCGUUCCUAGACUAGAGACACGAUUCUUCAUCUCAUCAAUUUACGAGAAGGAGGAAUCAAAGAAUGACAUGUUACUUCGAUUUGCCAAAUUGGAUUUUAACUUGCUUCAGAUGUUGCACAAACAAGAACUUGCUGAAGUAUCAAGGUGGUGGAAAGAUUUGGAUUUUGUGACAACACUUCCAUAUGCUAGAGACAGGGCAGUAGAAUGUUACUUUUGGACAAUAGGAGUAUAUUUCGAGCCUCAAUAUUCUCAAGCUCGUGUCAUGCUUGCUAAGACUAUAGCGAUGAUUUCAAUCGUUGAUGACACAUUUGACGUUUAUGGUAUAGUUAAAGAACUUGACAUAUACACGGAUGCCAUACAAAGGUGGGAUGUUAGUGAAAUUGAUCGACUUCCUGAUUACAUGAAAAUCAGUUAUAAAGCUCUUUUAAAUCUUUACGACGACUAUGAAAAGGAAUUAUCCAAUUAUGGAAGAUCUAAUGUUGUCUACUAUGCGAAAGAAAGAAUGAAAGAAAUAGUAAGGAAUUAUAACGUUGAGGCGAAGUGGUUUAUUGAAGGAUAUAUGCCACCUGUCUCUGAGUACUUGAGCAACGCAUUAAUAACUAGCACUUAUUACUUGUUAACUACAACGUCCUAUUUGGCCAUGAAAUCUGUUACCAAGAAGGAUUUUGAGUGGUUAGCAAAGAACCCUAAAAUUCUUGAAGCUAAUGUAACAUUAUGCAGAGUUAUUGAUGAUAUAGCGACGUACGAGGUCGAAAAAAGUAGGGGUCAAAUUGCAACAGGAAUUGAGUGUUACAUGAGAGAUUAUGGUGUAUCUACUGAAGAAGCAAUGAAUAAAUUUCAAGAAAUGGCUGAAAUAGCAUGGAAGGAUGUAAAUGAAGGAAUUCUUAGACCAACUCCUGUCUCUACAGAGAUUUUAACUCGUAUUCUCAAUCUUUCUCGCAUGAUUGACGUCGCAUAUAAGAACAAUCAAGAUGGAUACACUCAUCCGGAGAAAGUCGUAAAGCCUCAUAUUAUUGCCCUACUUGUGGACUCCAUCAAAGUUUAAACUGCCAAUGCUGCUCAUGUUGAGAAAACAUUAUUCUCUUUUAUUGAGAAAAUAAAUAUUUGUUCGCUUUU